AUGACCAGCUUCACCAGGUCACCAGGUCACCAGGUCACUGAAAUGUACCAAAAGUUUGAGAAAAGAGUUUUCAAUAUUGUCCAUCAUAGUGAGAAACAUUGUGUGACAGUGAUGUUUAUGUCAUCGUCAGGACUUGGUAGAUUGUCGUCCUACAGUGUAUUGAACCAGGAUUUGAGCUGUCACAGAUUCUUUGGAGCUAUCACAGACUCUUUGGAGCUUUCACAGACUCUUUGGAGCUGUCACUGGCUCUUUGGAGCUGUCACUGACUCUUUGGAGCUGUCACUGGCUCUUUGGAGCUAUCACAGACUCUUAGGAGCUGUCACAGACUCUUUGGAGCUGUCACUGGCUCUUUGGAGCUGUCACAGACUCUUUGGAGCUGUCCCUGACUCUUUGGAGCUGUCACAGACUCUAUGGAGCUGUCACAGACUCUUUGGAGCUGUCAUUGCCUCUUUGGAGCUGUCACUGACUCUUUGGAGCUGCCACAGGCUCUUUGGAGCUGUCACAGACUCUAUGGAGCUGUCACAGACUCUUUGGAGCCGUCACUGGCUCUUUGGAGCUAUCACUGGCUCUUUGGAGCUGUCACUGGCUUUUUGGAGCUGUCACUGGCUCGUUGGAGCUGUCACAGACUCCUUGGAGCUGUCACUGGCUCUUUGUAGCUAUCACAGACUCUUUGGAGCUGUUACUGGCUCUUUGGAGCUUUCACAGGCUCUUUGGAGCUGUCACUGGCUUUUUGGAGCUGGCACUGGCUCUUUGGAGCUGUCACAUACUCUUUGGAGCUGUCACUGGCUAUUUGGAGCUGUCACAGACUCUAUGGAGCUGUCACAGACUCUUUGGAGCUGUCACUGGCUCUUUGGAGCUGUCACAGACUCUUUGAAUGCGGUGUAGGACUAGAUCAAUACAUGGUGUUGAUUUUUCUGUUACCUCGUGAUUGUUCUGUACAUAGAUGUAUACGGUUUCUAUCCCGAUCCUCAGCUGAGAAUUUGUUCCACCCGAUGUACUACUGUUGUCGCUGGUUAGACAGGAGAACUUUGUUAGUCUGUACUAACUAUCCACAGUACAUUGUCAUUACCUUAAAUCUCUCAACAAUAGGCAGUGGCUUAUUUCUAGCACAUUUCAUUGCAAGAAAUCUCUGGCUUAUUUUUAUGACAAAUUUAUUUUUUUAGUCUUAUUUUCAGAUUUUAAGGGUAUGAUCAGUGUUAGCUUAGCUUCUGUCGAAUAAAGCAAUAUAAAGCUGUAUUUGAUAUACAUACAUUUAUUGUUCUAUUAAAUGUAAUAUAAAUGUAAAAUCCAUAUUUUCUCUAUGUAAUUUCUUUUUGUUUUUGUUUUCCAUUUGAUAACAUUUCUAAAAUUGGCUAAAUCUCAACAUUGGAAAGGUUGGUUUACAAAGCAGUCUCUUGUAAAUAAUUUCAGCACAGAUCCUAUUGCAUCAAGUAUAUAUAUUGUAACUUUUAAAAUACUCGACAAGAAAAGCUGUUACCACAAGGUCGUAUAAAGAUGAAGCUCUUUGAACAUAGCUUUAUGAUCACAGAGAUGGUAAUUUACCUAACUAGUAUUAUGUACAUUCUGGGAAGUUUCUUACCUGGUGCAGUUUAUUAUUAGAAAUAGUAUAUAAGUUGUGGAGAUAAGUUCCAGUACACCUGAAGCUUCUGUUCACUUAACAAUGCUUUACUCCUUUAUACAUCAUCAAAUACACAUUGGUUUAUUGACUGCUUCAUUUGAAAGUGAGAGUAAGUUUGUUAAAUGCAAAUGUUUUUUGUAUAAUCAAUAUCUUUGUUUCCCCAAUUGAUGUGAUAAUUUUGUGUAAACUGUUUGUUUAUAGCGGUAUCCUACUGUCUAAUAAGUCUAUUCAUAGCAAUAUCCUACUGUCUAAUAAUAUUUAUAGCGGUAUCCUACUGUCUAAUAAGUCUAUUUAUAGCGGUAUCCUACUGUCUAAUAAGUCUAUUUAUAGCAGUAUCCUACUGUCUAAUAGGUCUAUUCAUGUUUUGUACAAAUAUAAUGAACUAUAUAUUAUAUACCAUCAUCAUAGCUAAUAUUUUAUUCCUAAACAUUUCUUUUUUAGAAAACUAAUAUAUAUACAGAUGCGUUUUAGAAACAAACAUAUUUAAUGAAAUUUGAUGAUUAAGAAAUAUUUUUGGAAAUAAUACAUUUAUCACCGACAAAUGAUACUGGUUUGUGGAAAAAGUUUGGGAAAAUUCAGUAUUUUGAAGUUAACCAUGAUUGCCAGUAAUGUAGGUAUUCUGUAGUUACCUAUGAUUGCCAGUAAUGUAGGUAUUCUGUAGUUACCUAUGAUUGCCAGUAAUGUAGGUAUUCUGUAGUUACCUAUGAUUGCCAGUAAUGUAGGUAUUCUAUAGUUACCUAUGAUUGCCAGUAAUGUAGGUAUUCUGUAGUUACCUAUGAUUGACAGUAAUGUAUGUGGAAGAAGAUUUUAGCAUCCAAUGUUCAUGUCAUUUACAAUUUAUUUGAACUUAUUUAAUAACAAGUAGAGGGCACUAGUUCUCACACCUUACUACAACGUCUCCUAGCUGGUACAGUGUUCCAAAGUAAACUUGUCCAAGGUCGGAAUUCCUAUUGUUUCAGUGUAAACUUGUCCAAGGUCGGAAUGCCUAUUGUUUCAGUGUAAAAUGGUGAAGAGAAAAAGUUAUAACUAUAAACUGCAGUUGUAUGAAACAUCUGAUAUAUGAAAUGUAGUGUGUGCCAAUAAUUUCUACUUAUUCAAAAAUGAACGAGAUGAACACUGGGUUAAUACUGAUUUCUAGUGUGAUUACAGUGAACUUGAUUUUAUAAUACAGUUAAUUUGUUUAAGUCUGGGGCAGCGGAUAUUAACCCUAUACCAGAAAAUUGUCAUUGAAAACUAGCUGGCGAAAUGGGUAUUCUAACAAAUACAUCGUCAGAUUUUAUUUUCUGGCCAUUUUUGAAGUAACCUUCACAGAAAAGCCAGGUUUUGUUUCUUUAAAGAAUCGAAGUGGUUGUUACACAAAUGUAAAAGUAUUAAUUUCAAUUUAAUGAAUGAAUCUCAUCUUUGAUGAGCAAGUUGGACACUAAAGAGUAACUUCCUAUUAAUUUGAUUCAAUUUUUAAUAUGAUAGAUAUUAAUGUAGCUUGAAAUUUUAAUACACUUCCAUAUGAACAUGUGGACACCGAUACCCCUGUAUUUAAAACACAACACAACAAGGUGUCAGAGAUUGGACUUCUAUUGAAUAUGCUGACAGAUUUACAAAGUGUGAAGGAAUUAUAUAUAAAUAUAUAUAGUUACCAAUCAAAAUAGACCUUUAAUUGUAUUUUUUUUAUUUUCCAUUAUUGCAUGCAAGAAUUAUAUUUUAAAUAUAAAAUCAUUGUCAAAUUGCACAAACAACACAGCCCCUGAUGGAAGGGUAGCAUGCUAAGGGGAGAUAACAAGGUUGUCUCCUGUCCAACAGUUUAUAGUGCUGGGAUUAGAAAAUUGGAAAUAACUUUUUAUUCUUUUUGUUUCUUACUUUACUUAAUCAGGUCUGAUCUUGAACAUUAAUUGACCAAUCAAAUGAGUUUUUGUUACUGCAGACUGGUUUAAUGAUUGACAAAUAAAAUUAGACCUUACAUAAUCUUGCCUUUCAAACUUCAAGUUGAAAAAAGUACAUAUAUUGAAGUAAAUAGUUGCUUUUUCAGUGCUCAGUGAGUCUUUUAUGUUUUGUUUUACACAAUAUUAUUUUUUUAUUUGUUUAUUUUUUUUCUGCCAAAUCAUUUACCAUGUGGACGUAGUCAUUGUGUUUUGUUAGACAUGUUAUAAUGUAAAGCCUGUCAACACUUGUACACAUUGUGUUUUGUUAGACAUGUUAUGAUGUAAAGCCUGUCAACACUUGUACACAUUGUGUUUUGUUAGACAUGUUAUAAUAUAAAGCCUGUCAACACUUGUACACAGUGUGUUUUGUUAGACAUGCUAUAAUGCAAAGCCUGUCAACACUUGUACACAUUGUGUUUUGUUAGACAUGUUAUGAUGUAAAGCCUAUCAACACUUGUCCACAUUGUGUUUUGUUAGACAUGUUAUGACGUAAAGCCUAUCAACACUUGUACACAUUGUGUUUUGUUAGACAUGCUAUAAUGCAAAGCCUGUCAACACUUGUCCACAUUGUGUUUUGUUAGACAUGCUAUAAUGUAAAGGCUGUCAAUACUUGUACACAUUGUGUUUUGUUUUGUUAGACAUGUUAUGAUGUAAAGGCUGUCAACACUUGUACACAUUGUGAUUUGUUAGACAUGUUAUAAUGUAAAGCCUGUCAACACUUGUACACAUUGUGUUUUGUUAGACAUGUUAUAAUGUAAAGCUUGUCAACACUUGUACACAUUGUGCUCAAAGCGUGUAUACAUUGUACAGAAGGCUUCAACUAUUAUUACUGAAAAUUGAUGACAUAAAAUAUUAAUAUAAGUACCUUGUACAUUUUUAAAAUAUUGUAUUAUUAAAAAGCCUGAAGAUGGGGCUUCCCAAUAAAUGAAUAAAAACUGUUACAAGAAAUGUUUUUCUAGCAUGUUUUUUUUAGCCCUCCAUCAACUGUCUUGUUAUCCCUAUCUCCAGAAAGUACUGGAUUGUUUGUGUAGGUUCCCAUUCAUCCUUUAUCACAAUCAGUAUUGUACUAGUUAAUAUGUGAAACAAGAAACUCACUUUAAAGGUUGUCUUUUAUACACAGAUGUAUG